CGAACGGGCGCAGAGUUGAGCCUCCCUCCCCCGAAACCAACACCACACGCACGCCGCGACAUUUCCCAGAUAUUUCGCCCCUGCGCUUUUCUUCCUCCUCCGCCGCAAUUUCUCCUAGUUAUCCCUAGCGCGACAUGCCGGAGGCACCUGCACGGGCAGCCGGCGGCGGCGGCGGCGCCUCCGCCCCCGCCGACGUGGACGUCGUCACCUCCAGCGGCCGCCGCAAGAUCGCCGCCCAUUCCUCCGUUCUUGCGUCGGCGUCGCCGGUGCUGGAGACGACCCUGGAGCGCCGGCUGCAGAGGCUGAGGGAGAGCGGCAAGGGCGGCAGGGCCGUCGUCCGGGUCCGCGGCGUCACCGACCACGUCGCGGCGGCGUUCGUCCGCCUCCUCUACGCCGGCAGCAGGCGUGGCGAGGGCGAGGUGGACGAGGACGUGGAGAGGUACGCGGAGCAGCUGCUGGUGCUGGCGCACGCGUACCGGGUGCCGUGGCUCAAGCGGUGGUGCCAGGAGGCCAUCGGGUCGCGGCUCACGCCGGGCACCGUCGUGGACGCGCUGCAGCUGGCCGACCUCUGCGACGCGCCGCAGCUGCACCUCCGCUGCAUGCGCCUGCUCGCCAAGGAGUUCCGCGCCGUCAAGCGCACCGAGGCAUGGCGCUUCCUCCGCGACAACGACCCCUGGCAGGAGCUCGACGUCCUCCGCCAGCUCCACGACGCCGACAUGCGGCGGCGAAAGUGGCGUCGGAAGCGCGCGGAGCAGAAAGUGUACAUGGAGCUGAGCGACGCCAUGGACAUCCUGCGGCACAUCUGCACGGACGGCUGCACGGAGGUCGGACCCGUGGGGCAGGCGCCGGCCAACUCGCCGUGCCCGGCGUACGCGACGUGCCGGGGCCUGCAGCUGCUCAUCCGCCACUUCUCCCGGUGCCAAAGCCGGGCCACCUGCCCCCGGUGCCAGCGCAUGUGGCAGCUGCUCCGCCUCCACGCCGCGCUCUGCCGCGUCCCCGACGGCCACUGCAACACCCCUCUCUGCACGCAGUUCAAGCUCAAGGAGCAGCAGAAGGAGGCGGUGUCGGCUUCGGCGGCCGCGAAGGCCGGCAACGGCAGGUGGGGGCUUCUUGUGAAGAAGGUGAAGGCUGUCAGCGUCAUGUCUUCUCUCGGCAAGAGAAGCCCUCCCUCUCAAUCUCAGUGCUGCUGAGCCUGAGCGUAUGGAAUGUAUGUUACUGAGGAUCCCCUCUGAGAGCUGAUCGAAUGUUGUGCAAUCGCAGCUUGCAUCAGCCUGGGACAGGUAGCUAGAUGUAGUGUGCGAGUGUAGAGAAAGCGGCCUAUUUUUGGCCCGUCUUUCCAGUGUAUAAUCUCUCUAUUGAGCAAUGUAGUCGUAGUGUUAUUCUUUUGUGGGGCGAGAGAGGAAACGGGCGGAAAUUUGUUGUAAGAUACUGCCUGCACUGUAAAUCUGUAAUACUAGUAGCAAUGUGUGCGAUUUGUCCACGUAGCAACAAACUUUGCAAUCCUAGAACAGGGAACAAAGUUGCAAGGUAUCUAUUUUUGUUUAAACAUCUUGUUUUCGUAUUGAUUAUACAUUAAGAGAGCAUCGGUGGCAACCAAAA